AUGGCAUCUGGAGCAUUCGUCGGUGGAAGCAUGAACGCUGCACGCUAUGCGAUUGAAAACGGUGGAAGAGCUUCAAAUAUUGUCAAUGUAUUCGACAAGACAGCCGUGAGCUCUCUUGGAAAUCCAAAGUGGUACGCUAGAGUUGAUAUGCCACACGCCAACGUGCCAUACCAUCAUAUUAAUGUGAACAAAGCCAUCACUGGACUCAAGGAUCCCCAUAUUCGAAUUUCUGGAACGACUGCACAUGCUGCUGGUGUUGCUGGAAGAGCAUUAAAUGUCGUUAACAAAGUUGCGCCAAUUGCACUGGCUGCGUCUGUUAUUUAUGAUGCUGCCGACAUAAUGGACGAUUUUAAUAAGGGAAGAACUAAGGAAGCACAAAGGAAGGUCAUAUCUAAAACAUCAUCAUAUGUUGGAGGAGCCCAAGGAGCAGCCGCUGGAGCUGCAUACGGAUCGAUGAUCUUUCCGGGUGUUGGAACAUUGCUUGGUGGAGUGAUUGGAGGUGUAUUCGGUGGAGUUGGCGGAGGAUUCGUAGGAGAUAUUGUUGCUGGAAAUUUCAUAGGAGCGUGA